AUGGAUCGUACUUUUUGUCCGGCGUUGGUGGGACCGAACCUCCCUCUGAGAAGGCCGGCGACCGGCCCUGGUGGAAUGAGUCUGAGGAAUCACACACAGUCACUGGGUGAAGCUGGAACCAGUGUGGCACCAGGCCGGCCUCUGUCCAAAGCCAGUGGAGAUGGGCAGACCAGUGUGGAUGGGGUCACUCUUUCGCCUGCCGGUGUCACUCCUACAAGAACUGUCACAUCAGCCAACCCUCUGAUACUGAAGCUGUGUAAUUUCUGCGGUCAGCAGGGAAACCUGAGAUGUACACGCUGCAAAAAAACAUGCUACUGCUCUGUGUCGUGUCAGACCCAGGACUGGAAAGCUCACUCUCACAUAUGCAAACCCACGACAUCAGAGGCAGUCUCAGCUGAGAAAUUAAAGGAAUGUUCAGCCCUGGAUUCUGCAAACGCACCACCUGGUUCUGACUCCCAGGUCCACUGCCAGGCCGCGCUGCAGCCAAAGAGAGUUUAUGUGAGUGAUUUGCCAAAAACAGAUCUCACCAGAGGAGCUGAGGUGCAGGCGUCUGUACUGGAACUGACGAAUCCAGGGAAGUUCUUCAUCCGCAUCCAUUCUGUGGAAAUGAUGGAGGCUGUGAGGAAUAUUGCAGUGCGACUCCAUAAGAUGCACGGUGGCUCCGCCUCCGGAGACUACACCCCUGAGACUGGAGAGAUCUGUGCAGUGAAAUACAGUGUGGACCAGAACUGGUAUCGCGGUGAGAUAAAGCGCGUCCACGCAGAAAGCGGCACAGCCACAGUUCUCUACAUCGACUUUGGAAACGAGGAGAGUGUCACGUUUGAUAAGAUCAAGGCUCUUGCAGCAAAGGUUGACUCCAUACCACCAUGUGCUUUACAAUGCCGCGUCGCUGGCGUCGCCCCGGUGACAAGCGCUUGGCCAGAUGAGUGUGUGGUUGCCAUGAGACGGCUGGUCGCGGGUGAGAGUUUGAGGUUUACUGUGGUGGAGCGUGUGGAGAAUGGCUCUGUUUUCACCGUGGACUCUCGUCUCCCUGCACUAGGUAAAACAUUGAGCUCUUUCCUCAUUGACUGCGGUUAUGCCUUUAAAGAAGGUUCUCCACAGACACGGCACAAAGAACAAGACAUCGAUUCUUUGCUGCUUGCAGCGUUUGAGAAUUUUAAGCGUUUUUCUGGGGGGAGGAUUGAGAAUUGGGAAACCCAGGCUCCUGAACCUAUGACACAGGAAGUGGGAGACACCUUCUUUGCCGUGGUCACACACCUUCAGUCACCUUCAGAGAUGAUGUGUCAGAAACUGGACAAUGCUGGUGUAAUUCAGGAGCUGCAGAUGAAACUAAGGGAACACUGUGCCCAGACUCCGCCCUGCCAGGACUUUAGACCCGCCCCUGGCACAAUCUGCUGUUCCCUCUUCUCUGAGGACAAGCAGUGGUACAGGGCUAAAGUGCUGGCCUACUCCUCGGAGACCAGAGUGCGCGUGGGAUAUGUUGAUUUUGGGAAUUGCGAAGAGGUGCAGCUGGACUGUCUGAGACCCAUCAGUGUGGAGCUGCUGGCUUUGCCGACACAAGCGAUACCCUGUGCCUUGGCAGGUAUCAAGCCUAGCGCAGACAGGUGGUCAGAGGAGCCGGUUCUGAUGCUGAGACACUUGGUCUGUAACCGGUUUUUGCGGGUGGAGAUUCGGGGGGUGAGGGCCGGGGUGGCGCUGGUUGAGAUGGUGGAUGAAACCACUGACCCUCAAACAGCUGUGGCCGAGCUGCUGGUUUCACUGGGUUACGCUGUCGGUGAAACUCCAGCACCGAAGAAGCUGGCGUGGUCUUGCGCUGAACUUCCCACUGAUGGCCAGAAGGUGGUGCUAGUGGUUGGUGUUGUGGAAAGCCCUGCUGAAUUCUAUUGUUACCAUUGCACUGCAGAAGGCAUGAGAGCUUUAGCGGAGUUGUCUGCAGAGCUGAUGCAUUACUGUGAGACAGACAGAAAUGCGUUCAGUCCAGCUGUUGGAGAUCCCUGCUGUGCAUUGUUCACUGGUGACGGGCGCUGGUACCGGGCUGUGGUGCAGGCUGUGUGGGGAGAGGGCAAGGCCACGGUGCAUUUUGUGGAUUAUGGGAAUUCCUGUGAGGUGGAUACGGCCAAUCUGAGAGCCAUGCCCCCCCCCUUACUCGCUCAGCCUUUUCACGCCAUUCGCUGUGUGCUGGCAGGUGUGGACCCGGCGGCGCGGUGCUGGACUGAUGAGGCCAAUCAGAGGUUCCGGUCUCUGUGUGUUGGGCAGCAGCUGAGUGGCAGAGUGUUGGCCAUCAGUGAGCGGGGUUAUGCAGUGGAACUGGAGAGUGGAGGUCAGAGUGUCGCCUCUCUGCUCAUCUCUGAACAGUUGGCGAAGGCCACUGGACAUGAUCCCGCUCAGUCUCCAUCCCAAUCCACCAAUCAGAGGGGACAGCAGAAUGAUCCCGCCCAGUCGCCAGCCCAAUCCCCCAAUCAGAGAGGACAGCAGAAUGAUCCCGCCCAGUCGCCAGCCCAAUCCCCCAAUCAGAGAGGACAGCAGAAUGAUCCCGCCCAGUCGCCAGUCAAAUCCACCAAUCAGUUGGAGGUGCUCCGAGCCCAGUCGCCUUUUGCCGCCGUGCUGAACCAGGCACCUUCCGAAGCACAGCUGGAUGGGAUCUCCUCCUCAGAGACGGACUCGUCGGGUCUGUCUGAGACUGCGGUCCCACCAGAGGAGCUGUUCCCUGCAGACUGGGAGACAGUGGUCCUGCCCUGUAACCAGACGUUUCAGCCACUGGUGGCAGCCGUGUCCAGCCCAGCACUCUUCUAUCUGAUGAGUCCUGGGAAGGUGAACGUGGAGCAGCUGCAGGCUGUCAUGAUAGACGUAGCAAAACACUGCCAACGUGUGAGCCCCGCCCUGUGCCCUCCGCUGCCUGGGACAGCCUGCUGUGCCCAGUUCACAGGUGACAAGAACUGGUACAGGGCUGUUGUGUUGGAUGCCACAGACACACACGUGAAUGUGAUUUAUGCUGAUUAUGGAAAUAUGGAAAAUGUUCCUCUUUCAAACAUCAAGCCCAUUUCAAAACAGCUGCUGAAAGCCCCUUUCCAGAUUGUGAGGUGUGCUCUGUCAGAGAAGGACCAGUUCCCUGUUGAGUGGCCCCUACACAUACUGGAGCUCUUCAGGGCUCACCUUAGCGGCAGGGUCUUGGCUUCUGUCCAGGCCUUCGACGGCACCUCCAACCUGCUGACCAUGACUCAGCACACGGGCCAAGACGACAAUCACAUCAACGCCAUCAUCCUGGGAGCUUUGACGGGCAGCCGGGCCGUGUCCACAGCAGGAGAGCUGGACCAGGUCACAGAGACGCUGGAGUCCAAAGCUCCAGAGACAGAACCUGUGACAGAGAUGGAGAAGCAGGCAGAAGCAGGCAGUGACUGGCAGACUCACGGCAGGUCAAAGGCCGACUCGGCUCCAUCGUCAGACUGCUGCUGCCUGCAGCUGAAGAAAAAGGUUGACCGGAUAGAAGAGCUGAUCCUGCUUAUUCUGAAGAAUACUGGAGGAACCAGCGCGUGA